UGCACCUUCAAUCCGGUAUUCAUCCUCCUGGAGCUACUUUGCGUUGGUGCAUUUUAACGUAACAACGCUGUGAUUGGUUAAAGCUUCCUUUAAAUCGAGAUUCAACCGUGCGAUGGAGACAUAGUCAAUGUCAUUUACGUCAAUGCGAUGUGAUUCUCAAUUAGCUGUUUCGUAUCUGAUCGUCAUUUCGUUUUUAAUCUAGUGCGAGUUAGUUCUCAUACGAAAGAAUAAAAGAACAACGAUGGUGGAAGACGAGAAUAAAUCGUCCGAGGAUAGAAAUCCAAAUGAAAGUGCAACCCAACCUCAAAAUACACAGACGUCAGCUGUCAAAGAGAGAUCUGAAUAUUUUGAGAAAUUGGAAAAAUGGCUGCAGGAGGCGUACGUCUGUCAGAGUGUAGCGGCAAUGUUUCCCUACUACAUUAUGUCGACGCAAAUGUUGAACCCUACACCUGGUGUCAAUCCAUUCCAACAAGUAUCAAGCAACGCUGGUUUUGCAGCAGCGUCAAAUGUACAAGCUAAUGCUGACGUAAACAGUCCUGAAACUAACGAAGGUCUCAGACUAAGGAGACCUCACGAUACUGCCGGAUUACCACGACCACCUGGAGCCGAAGGUUUUGAAUAUCGUAUACCGCCACUUUGGAAGCGGUUUUUCGCUGAGUUCAUUGACUUCAUGGUACUAUUCUUUCUUAAACUUUCCAUUACAUUUAUUGCCGUCGACUUUUUCGAUUUUAUAGAUAUAGAACGAUAUGAUUUAGAUAUGAUACAGAAAAAUCUCCGUAUUGAUUAUGAAAUGGCUCUAGAAAUGACAUCUGGAAUACUGAUCUUGGAGUUGAUUCAUCGUAUCAUUGUGUGCAUUUUCGAGGCACUCUGGCUCCAGCAUGGUAUAAAUGGCUGCAUAGGUGGGGCUACACCAGGUAAAAUUGUAAUGGGAUUACGUGUGGUGCAGUGUCGAAGUAUAACACCUAUAGAAAGACCUGAUGGUUCUGAUUUAGUAUUCAUUACCCCUGGUACAGAUCUAGGAUUCCCAUUAUCUCUUGGUCGAUCGAUAGUGAAGAAUUUGAUCUUAGCAUUUUUGUUUCCUAUUUCCUUUGCCCUGUUCUUCUUCAGGUUCAACAGAACCGGUUACGAUCUUGUUUGUAACUCAAUUGUGAUCGAAUGUCCUUACAGAAAUAGAACAAAUAACAGAGCUCGGCAACAGCAACAGUAAUUGAUGGUGACUCCUCAAAAUUUAAUGGAUUCGAUGGCAGGCAGGAUAUACAUACUGAAAGCUGAAAUAUUUUGCUGUAGAUAACUGAUUUCUUGUUUAUAAUGCUUGAAUGCUUUGUUUAAUUUUUUUUUUUCUAGUACCUUGUCAACGCGUACUAUCCAGCCAAGGUUCACACCUGCGUAUCUCAUAUGUGUAAAUAUGUAAUAAAAUUUAUAAUUAGGCUAUUACAUGAAUUAACAUACACCAUGUUGGGCAUAAACCUACAAAAUGAAUGUAUUCAUCCUAUUGAGACCAAACGAACCAUCGUAACUGAUCAAGUAAAAACUAAAAUAAAAGGAAUUUAUUUUGCUAUACUACUUUAACUCAACGCGAAUAUUUCUAUUUUGUACUAUUGACAUUGAAUUUUAAACUACCACAUAAUGUAAACAUCUUACUUUUAUGUAUGUGAUAAAAGUAUAGAGCGGGAAAUUACAUUUCUAUGGAUAUACACAAAUUCUUCAAUACACAUACACAUCCGGUCAACUUUGUUAAUUCAGAUUUGUGAAUUAAAAUUCAAGAUUUUCUCAAAGUUUCAGGUUUUAUUUUCAGUUUUGAAUAUUGGGAAUCCCGCAUCGAAUAAGAAAGUGGAUAGGUUAAGACUGAAGUUGUAAUAUAUUAUGUUGUAAAAAUGAAAAAAAAUUCCUAUAUAAUGCAUUUACAGAAUUGUUAUUCGAACCGCUGGAUCAGACUACAGAUAAAAACACCGUAGAUAUUGCGGUAAU